GAACCCCGCUCGGGAUUGGGCGUCGGCGGUGUCACGCCCCGGAGGGGGCGGUGCCCACGUCUGCCUUCAAUUGGUCGUGCACGUUCCUCGGCAGCGUCACAAUGCCCGGGAUGCGCGCUGUGUUCUGGUCCCUGAUCCUGAUUCAGGUGGCUGUGGCAACAGGGGAGACCUCCUGUAACCCAGGCGAAUAUGAGGUUCCAGGUGACCUUUCCUGCAGCAGAUUCUGCCCGGCUGGCUACUACGUAAGCAGACCCAUAGACCAGGACCACCACAUUGGAGCCUGCUCGCAGUGCGAGUCUGGAACUUUCACAGCUCAUCCCAACGAGCAGACACAAUGCACGCCAUGUGCCAAGUGCAGAGAGGAUCAGGAAGUGGUGAAGCGCUGCACCGCCACCAGCGACCAGGAGUGCCAGUGCCAGCCGGGCAAGUUCUACUGCGACUCCGUGAACUGCAGAGAGAGCUGCUUCCGGUGUACAAGGUGUGAAGGAGACAGUGCCAUCCUUCAGCCCUGCAAUGCCACAAGCAAUACCAUUUGUGCCGUAAAUCCACAGUCAGGAAACUCAGGGUCAUCAGGCGGUGCCUACCUGGGUGUGAGAGUGGAGGUUUACAUUUUCAUCAUCUUCAUCCUCAGCAUCGUCCUCGUCGUGCUCAUCAUCGUCAUUGCUGCUGUGUGUUAUUUUGUUGUCUACCCUGGAAGAAGAGAAAGUCGGAAUAAGCUAAGAGACUCUUCCCAAGGAAUCAGCCAGUCCAGUGACCUUGAGAAGGGCCCACCAACCCCCAGUGAGGACAUCAGCCUAGACUCGGUGGAGAGCUCAGCCCUGCUGGCCUCCAAGGGCCCUGGAGGUGCUGAGCUGCUGCAGGGGGCCAAUGGAAGUCUAGCAGCGCCAGGGGAGCCAGGAGAGCAGACCCGAAUGUUCGAGGACCCCAGGACCACCGGGCCAGGCAGAGCCAGCCACUCCAUGGCUAGGAGUAGGUGCGCAGACUGUCCGCCAUCAAUAAGAACUUGUGCAAUUUGUCUUUAGUUUGCAGAAGUUAACUGGAAGAUAUUUAUGGGCUUUACUGGAUUUGAAGAAAAUGACAACAUCUGGAAAGGCUCCUCAGGAGCAGGGAUGAGCUGGCUAGGGAGGGUCAUUUGUAUGUUUUGUGGGUUUUUUUUUUUUUUUUUUUUUUUUUUUGCUACAUGGCAUAGCAUGUGGGAGGGAGGGUCAAAAGGGAGGGGAAGUGUGUGUUUCUACCACUGUUUCAGUUUCUUGUACAAAAGAAACUAAGAAUGUUAGUAAUUAUACACUUGGGUUUUGUGUU